AUGUCGGCCUUCGGGGACUUUUGUAGGGCGGACGAGUUUACAUUUGUUGUCAUCCCAGAGCACUGUCUAUUGUCGGCGGAGGCAAAGCAGUUGGACCCAGUGAGGCAUAUCACUAUUCCACCCGUUCCCUACACUGGAUGCAUCAACUUUCACUUUUUCAGAUUAACUUUCUGUCUGGUUGCCAUGCUCCUGCAAUACCUCAAUCUCUACAGAACCGUUUGGUGGCUGCCAAAACUGAAGGCACGGUUCAUACUUGACCUGGAGGCUAUUGACAAAAACCUGGUUGCGCAUGUCCUUCUACUUCUCAUAGUUUCACCCCUGUUUGAGGCGAUGCAACGGGUGAGUAAAGAGUAG